AUGACUUCCGGAUCACGCCACCUCCGCAUCGGCGUCGACGUUGGCGGAACGAACACGGAUGGCGUCGUCCUGGAUCCCUCCCGGGCGUCAGAGCCGGAUAAGGGUAUCGUCGCGUGGCACAAGUCGCCGACGACGACGAACCCCAGCGACGGCAUCAACAACGCCAUCGUGACCAUGUUCGAGUCCUCUCAGAUCCAGCCGGGAGAGAUCGCCAGUGUCACGAUCGGGACCACUCACUUCGUCAAUGCGCUGAUCGAGAGAGACGAGUCCAGAUUGGCUCCGGUCGCUGUCAUCAGGCUGACUAGCCAGUUCUCGAAGCACGAUCCGCCUUGUCUGGACUGGCCGGACGACCUGCGCGAGCUGAUUCUGGGCCACUAUGCGCUGUGUAAGGGCGGGUUGGAGGUCGACGGCGGACUGAUCUCGGAUAUCGACCCGGAAGAGAUCAGGGCGCAGUGUGCUAUCAUCCGGGAGAAAGGGAUCAGGAACGUGGUCGUCAACGGCAUUUUCAGCCCCAUCGACACAACUGAACGACAAGAGGAACGAGCUGCGGAUAUCAUCCGCUCGGAAUUGCCCGGAUGUACCGUCACUUGUUCGAAGGACGUCGCCAACCUCGGCUUCCAGGAGCGAGAAAAUGCCGCCAUCCUCAACGCCACGGUCCUGGACUUCGCCCGCAAGACUAUUAGGUCCUUCCAGGAGCCCAUCAAGAGGCUGGGUCUUCACUGCCCCGUCUUCAUAUCGCAGAACAACGGCACCAUCUUGUCCGGAGAUAUGGCCGCCAACCUUCCCAUAAGGACGUUUUCCAGUGGACCGACCAACAGCAUGCGCGGAGCAGCCUUUCUAGUCCAGGACCAGCUUGACGAGGCCGUCAUGGUGGUUGAUAUCGGCGGCACGACUACCGACGUUGGUCUCUUACAGGCAAACGGGUUUCCCCGCCAGCAGGCCGCCUUCAGCGAAUUCGCGGGUGUUCGUCUCAACUUCUCUUGUCCAGACGUCAAGAGCAUCGGCCUGGGCGGCGGAUCCAUCGUGCGCAAGAACGACGGAAAGCUGACUGUUGGACCGGACAGCGUGGGAUACAAAAUCAAGACAGAGGCACUUGUCUUCGGUGGCUCGACUCUCACGGCGACGGACUGCACAGUUUUGGCGAAUGACGGGAAGCCUUUUCCAUCCAUUGGCGACACCAAGCUUGUAUCGGGCGCACUGGACACAGCUGGUCUGUCGGAGUUCACCACCAUCGUCCAGAGCAAGAUUGAGAAGGUCAUCGACACGAUGAAAACAUCUCCGAACGACAUUCCGGUGCUACUUGUCGGUGGAGGCGCCGUCAUCGCACCAGAUGAGCUACGGGGAGCUAGCAAAGUACUGAAGCAUGAGUGGGCGGGCGUUGCCAACGCCAUCGGCGCUGCUAUUGCGCGUGUUAGUGCUACAGUCGAUACAGUCAAGUCAACAGAGUCUCGGACAAGUCAAGAGAUUCUGGCUGAGGUGGAGAAGGAGGUUAAAGAGAAGGCUGUCACUGCGGGCGCGAUUCCUUCGUCUGUGCAGAUUGUUGACGUUGACACGAUACCGUUGGCUUACAUUGCCAACAAGUCACGUUUCAUUGUGCGUGCGGCGGGCGAUUUCGACUUUUCUCGGACUGAUCUUGCGUCGAUCCCCAUUGGUGAUGAGGCAGACGUCACCCACAAUGAGACAAACUUCACCCGCUCGAAAAAGAGCUCGCGGACCAAGACCAAGAAGGAAGUUGACGUACUGACUUACAAGCCAGUUGUCAAGGACCGCACCUGGUACAUCAGCGAGACUGACCUGGACUGGAUCAGCAUCGGCUGCUACAUCCUUGGGACCGGCGGCGGUGGCUCCCCGUACUCGCAGCAGAUCAUUCUCCGCGAGAAACUUCGCAAGGGCGCGGUGGUGAGAGUCGUCAACCCCAACGACAUCCCAGACGAGGCUCUCGUCGGCUGCGGCGGUUACGCAGGAUCUCCUACCGUCGCAAUCGAGAAGAAGAUGGCAGACGAGAUGCAAGAAGCGCAGGAGGAGAUGUACAAGAACCUGGGCACGCCCGCGACGCACAUGAUCGCCGUCGAGAUCGGCGGCGCGAACGGCCUGCAGAGCAUGAUGCUCGGCUCCAGCACCAACAUGAACGUCCCCGCGGUCGACGGGGACUGGAUGGGCCGCGCGUAUCCGACAAAGUGGCAGACAACGCCCGUCGUCUUCAACGAGCGCAGUCCCAUCUGGACCCCGGUCACGAUGAGCGACGGCAACGGCGCGAUCGUCACCAUGUCCCGCGCCUCCUCGGACAAGCAGGUCGAACGCGUCAUGCGGGCUGCCCUGGCGGAGAUGGGCUCGCAGGUCGCGGUCGCCGAUCCUCCCGUCACUGGAGCCGAAACCAAGAGGUGGGUGGUUGAACAUACGCUUUCGCAGUCGUGGAGAAUCGGUCGCGCUGUGGCGAAGGCGCGGAAGCUCAACCGCGUCGAUAACGUGGCCGAGACUAUUAUCGAAGAGUGCGGCGGUCCCGGUGCAGCCAAGGUCCUGUUCAAGGGCAAAAUCGUGGGUGUCGAGAGGGUGCUGAGGAAGGGUCACGUAUAUGGCGAAUGCAUAAUCGAGGGUGCGGAUAUCUCUGGAUCGGACGAACCGGGCCAGCAUGGCGUGCAGGAGUUCAAGGGGUUCGUCAAGAUUCCCUUCAAGAACGAGAACAUUGCUGCCAUCAGGACAGCCUCGGCAGCUUCGGGGUCUGAAGCAGCUGGGAAGGAGAGGCAAGAAGACGUCCUGGCUAUUGUGCCGGAUCUCAUCGCAGUUAUCGAUGCACAAAACGGCGAGGCCAUUGGGACACCCGAGUAUAGAUAUGGCUUGCUAGUUAUCGUCCUGGGUAUUGCAGCGAGCGACCGAUGGACUGGAUCUGAGAGGGGUAUCGAGAUUGGCGGUCCUGAAGCAUUUGGUUUCUCUCACUUGAAGUACAACUCACUUGGCAAGUUCGUCAAGCCCAAGAGUGUCAUCGAUGAGUAUGACCCGAAGGCAAAGGAUAGUUGCAUGUGCGGGAAGUGCAAGGACCUGGGCUGGUAG